UGGAGCACUGCCAGUGGGGGUUUCUUUUUUCGUGGAGCAAUUUUAGUGGAUUUGUGAAAUUCAUUAUUGCAGGGGCGCAUUCGCGGUCCUUUUAAACAACAAUAAAAGUAAAAACAAAAAACAUACAAGAAUCUUGGUCGGUAAAAGCUGAAUAAAAAGGUGAAAGGCGGCAACUCAAAAAUUCUAUAAGAAAAAAAUAUUUUUGGCAUAAUUAUAGUCAAGAGACCAGGAAAUCUCCUGGGCAUUGCUGAAGUAAAAGUGCAACGACCUUGGAAACGUUUAAUGGAGACGCGUUGGUGCAAAAAUUGCGCGCAUGAUAUUACAUCGUUUGAGAAUCAUUCAAUUUAGGGAAAUCGCCUUUUUAUUAACGUUUUCGGCGUGCCGGUGUGUUAGCCAAACAAAGAAUUUAUCUCAUUCAUUGUCAUUUAAUUGGUUUAUCAGAAACGCGCAGUGGGCUUUGGAAUUACUGUAUACUGUGUAUGUAAAAAAAGUUUAUCGCAGUGUAAACAAAGCGAACAAAUAAAAAAGCAGAAAUUUUAGCAGGAGCGCAAUCUAAAGCGGCAAACAAAAUGUCGCAAGUCCAAGUGGAAGACCAUGAGGAUCAUCAUGUGCACUUUGAUACGACCAACCUAAAGGACGAUUUCGAAUCGGACAGCUGUGUCACCUAUCAACGUUCCGGCGAUACUAUAGUCAUCAGUUUGGGUUUCCUGCAAGUCAAGCACCGAUACCUAAUCGACCUUAAAUUACCUGUGGCAUUAUUCGAAAAUCUCGGCAAAACACCUGGCAGUCAAUUUGUGCCCGCCAUCACUACAGUUCCUAAUUUGCAUUGUCGCAUAACGGAAUUCUCUGGCUUCAAGCAUGAUGAACUCGAUUUCUAUGAAAUGAAAAUCGAAUUUUUCGCCUACAAAGAAAAGCUGCUACGCGAAGUGUUACACAUUGUCAACUCGAAUAAUUCGCAAGAGGUGCUCAAGUUAAUGUUGGCAGCGCGUGUGCUGGGCAAAGGCAAGGGUACGCCGAUGCUGCGCAACGGUAUACAUUGCAUAGGUGUGGAAAAGGAUGAUGAGGAGUCGGAAGCGUCAGAUUUUCCCGGUUUUGGCAAGGGCACCUAAAGAGAGAUAGAGGACAAAAAAAAAAAAAUAAAAAUAAAAAUAAAAUUAUUAAUAUUGUAUUAUAGAAAAUUUUAAAAUAAAUACAUUUGUGAAUGUAUGACAAAUAAUUUAAUGGAAAUGUAUCCAAUACUUUUGUGAAAAAACCUGUAAUGUAUGCAUGUACUUAUGUAGCGGGUGUUUUUGUAAGAGCAUGAGAACUUCAAAUGAUAACACAAAGGAGAAAAAUUGUUGAAAGGAUUUUUUUUCUGUUUUUUUUUUUUUUUUUUUGAUAUAAUUUGCUAGAAAAUUUCAUGGCAUUUAUUUUUUUAAGAAGAUAUCCCGCUUAUGUACACCGCGGCUACGGAGUACAAGGUCCGUGCGAUCAGUUAAAUUUUUAACUACUUUUCUCCAUAAAUCUAUUAUAAAUAAGCAGAAUCCGCGUAAGGGGACGUAAACGCUGGCCAUUUGGCUUCAAUUCUUGCACGAGCUGUAUUUUAAAGACAUAUGUAUAAGCCAAGAUCCGUAAGUAAAAUUUUCACCAUGGUCGCAGGACUAAGACCAACAAGUUGAGAACGACGACGAAUCGACAUUUCGGCGGGUCUUUCAACACUUCGCUCUAUGAACUGCGUGAACAGAUUUUUUAUUUUAUUUUA